CGAGUUAAGUCACGAGUUCUGGCUUGUUGUCUAUUCCAGUCUUGGCCGUCAAGUAGCGGACGCGUCCGGUGACUGGAGCGAAAUCGUCCAAAUCGUCGGCGAAUCCAAGCGGAAGAAUCGUCUCUCCCUUCGACGUCGGUGAAUCUCCUCUUCCCAUGUCGGAUGGCGUGGCGGACAACGUCGGCGCCCUCGUGCGCCGCCUCUCGCGCCUCCUCCAUCGCAAAAUCGCCGACGUCCUCGUCCUCGCCGUUCACCACAAGAGCGUCGGUUCUCUUGGAGCCGUUGCUGGCUUAGCGAUCGCUUGCAUUUUCGCGUGGAAGCUCCUGAGGCGGUCGCCUGGACGACGGGUUGGUGGUCGUCGUAAACAUAGGGGUUCUCCUUCGACGAGUCAAGCCGUGGCUGGAGAUGAUUCUCUGCCCUCGGAAGGAGACUUGUCUGUCGGGCCGUUGAAGGGCGCGAAUGCGGUUGAAACUGUUGCGUCUUCUGUUGAGCUGAGUCUCGGACAGAUCGUGAGGAAGAGACUUGGUGGCUGCCGAAGGAUCACUUGCCAACUUCUGGGAGUAAUCCUUCAGGAGAAGACCCCUGAAGAGCUUCAGAAACAUGCUACCAUUAGGCUCCCUGUGCUUGAAGUGGUCAAGGAAAUUUGUAAACAUUGUGACCUGUAUUUGAUGGAAACUGUCCUUGAUGAUGAGAGUGAGGAAAGAGUUCUUUCUGCUCUUGAGAAUUCUGGAAUUUUCCAAUCUGGUGGUUUGAUCAAGGAGAAGGUACUAUUUUGUAGCACUGAAACUGGGCGAAUCUCAUUUGUGCGCCAACUGGAGGCAGAUUGGCAUAUCGAUUCAAACCUCGAUAUAAUAUCUCAGCUUUCACGAUUCAUCAGAUUCCAACUAUAUAUUUCUCAAAUGGAGUCAGGACAAAUAGCACCGAAUGUAUUCACUUCUACUAGUUUGGAACAGUUGUUCUCCUGACGUGGGACAAUCUGUUUUACACUGUGGAGCUUCUUCCUUUGUUUACAUGGUUUUUCUUUAUGUUGCUUGAUUUGACUAUGCGUUUUCCGAUGGCCGGAUAAGAUACGUGUAAGCUUUGGUUUCACCAUGUAUUUCGGUUUGGUGUUUUCCACACAUGUACAUGACAACUCUUCUAUGAUGAAGAUUUCUCAUUAUUUAUAUCAAUAGAUGAUUUUGACUUUUAGUCA